CUUCACUCAAAGGUCAUAGGAACAACCUCAAAUACACUACGCAUAAUGUAUAAGAGUGGCGUCAAAGCGUUGGUGCGCAAUGCCUCCAAGAGAAGACCAGGAUUGUCCCAGCUUCGAGCCCAAAGAGAUACUUUCAAACCCCCACAGCUGGUGGCUUCUUCUUCCACAUCCUCGCCUCCGUUAAAAUACGUAUCAGUUAAGGAGUUCCCUAAAGCCCCUUCCCAUGUGACGUCUAUGGAUACCAAGGACUUAUUUGAAAGUGUCAACAUAAGCAUAGAGCCGGAAAAAGAAGAUCUUUCGGUGAAUUUUGAAAUUCCUAGAAAGUUCAGCAAGCAGUACCAGUCAUCCAUAUUAAAUCAGAGAGACUUGGCUAUGAUGAAGCAGCUCGACGUGAUGAUGAACACAGACGACGACAAGGUUAUUAUGGAAAGCCAAAUCAUUUUGGGAAACCUCUAUAGCGAUAGAGACUCAUUCUCCAGUUAUAUCCCCGAGCAUCCACUCAAAAAGUCCUUGAGUGGCAUGAUAAACUUAAACCCUCAUUUGAACGAUAUUGAUGACGAAUACUUGUGGGAUUUGAUUCCUCCAGAUAAAUUCUUUGGGUCUAAAUUUUACGAGAAAGAGGGCACAUUCAAAGAAUGGGAGAAGGAAGUAAUGGAGGAAAAGAACAAACUUAUUGACCACUUGAAAGUGCACGAAGCCGAAAUAUCUGAUUUUUUACAAAAAUACGGGAAGAACAAAAGCUUCUUGGAGAAGAGAAAUGGGAGGCUCAGACUCAACAAGUCUUUGAUCAAAGCUUACAAGCUUCUCAAAUCCAAAAACUUGCACGUAAAGAAAAUGGAUGGAAAUGAUGGUGAAGACCUUGAGUUUGAAUUUGUUAUUGAUGAUUUUGACAUCAAGGAUAACAAAAACUAGACCCAUACUGUAGCAUGAUUUAAUGACACCACUAACCUCACAUACUGUAAAUAGCAAUUUCGGUAUUUUCAGUGUAUACACAUACUUACCUAUAUAGUACUAAAUGCAUAAUAAUGCCAUAAUUGUUAAUUUAUUCUACAAUGUUCAACACGACAUUUUCGUAGCCAAACUUGCACUUGUUUUCCUCAAAGACCCGCUUCAACUCAUCCACAUACAAUUUGUGGUAGUGAUCCAAUAGUUCUUGCGGUACUUUGGAUCUCUUGAAUGACUUCUUCUUGCCGAAUAAGUUUUGAAAUGAUUGCAGUCGUUUCAUAUGAUUUUCUGUUCGUUCUUUUUCACGUUCUGGUUCAUACUCCAGCUCGAAUUCAGGAUGGUCUCUUUUAUAAUCUUGCACCAAGUUCGGUGGUACAUAUAUAGGCCUUCCGAUACACACAUUUAUAGGAUUUCUGUAAGGCAAGAAUCCAAAAUCGUAUAUGAAGAUGCCUCGGGCACUGAAGAAUGGAAGUGUGAAGGAAAAGUUCUUUUUGAGCCACUUCUGGAACGUGUCACCAAUGGUUCCCGGUUUCGGCUGUAUAAUGUUGUAAAUAUCUGCCUCUCCAAACCCGAAAAUUGGUACAAGACUGAUGUUUCCAAGCUCAAUAGCCAACUUC